AUGAGCGUCGAGGAUGCCCGGGCUGCAAUUGAGCACGGUGUACCUGCAAUCUGGCUCUCAAAUCAUGGCGGUCGACAGCUUGACGGUAGCCCGUCCUCUCUCGAAGUUGCCCUGGAUAUCCAUGAAACCGCACCUGAGAUCUUCACCCAAAUUGAGGUUUAUGCUGAUGGUGGUGUACGAUAUGGAGCUGAUGUUCUCAAGUUAUUGGCCCUUGGUGUAAAGGCUGUUGGACUAUCACGUUCGUUCAUGUUUUCGAACGUGUUUGGACAAGAGGGCGUUGAGCGGGCAAUCCAACUUCUCAAGCAAGAAAUUGUGAAUGAUGCCGGUAAUCUGGGCGUUCCUGAUCUGAAGCAGAUUGAUGCUAGCUACGUCAGACAACCCGCAACUUAA